AUGGCCUCCCCCACUCCUUCCCAGAGUGAUACCCUAACGACGGCAUCUAAUUCUUCAGAUAGUGAAAUGGAGUCUGCUAACAUGAAUACAAGAUGCAACUUAUGUACCGAGACUUUUACGAUACCAAAGGUUCUCAGCUGUUUCCACACAUAUUGUCAGCCAUGUUUAGAGAAAUCUCAAGAAUGCACAGAGAAAAUAACGUGCCCCGAUUGCCAGUUUGAUACGAUAUUGGGUGCAGAUGGAUUAAUGGGUCUGAAACCAGAUUACGCAGUAAGCAACAUAUUAGAGUCCAACGCUUUAGAAAGUAGUGCCUUAAAUUGUACUGGAUGUAAAAGCAAAGAAACAAAUGCCGUGGCUCGUUGCUUCGAUUGUGCCAAUUUUUUAUGUGCAAAUUGUGUAAUGGCACAUCAGUUUAUGCACUGUUUCGAGGGUCACAGAGUGCUAAGUUUGGGCGACCUUCAAAUGAACAAAGACGAACCAAAAUCAGACAAACAGGUUAACUGUCCACGCCAUAGAAAUGAUAUCCUGAAAUUUUUCUGCAAAACCUGCUCACAGCCAAUUUGCAAAGAAUGUACAGUUUUCGAUCACGGAAGAGGUCAUGAAUGUCAAUUUUUGAUGGAUGUUGCUCAUCGUCAGGUGGAUAUGAUGCGCCAUCUAGAAGCGGAAGCAAGGUCUAAAAUCAACGAUUUACGACUAUCAGCUAAAGGGAUUGAAAUGUUAUCCACCACAUUACAAUCUCAAUAUACAAAGGCUCAAGAUGAUAUCAAUGACACCUAUAACUUCUACAGGGCCAUGUUAGAAGAACGCAAACAAGAUUCACUGAAAGAGCUCGAUCAAGCUUUCAACACAAAGCAGGUUGGAAUCAGCACCUUGGCUCAGAAGAUCACAGAAUCAGUAGAGAAGUUGUACCUUGGCAGUGAAUUCGUGGACAAACUGAUCAAACAUGCCUCGCUUACUGAAGCACUCUUGUUGAAAAACUUUAUCGAACAACGCUUUCAGAAUAUGUUCAACUAUCUACCAGAUCUGAACAAAGAGAAUUAUUUUGAAUUGGAAUUUGUAUCAAACUUCCAAGCUAUUCAAACUGGUGUCAGAAACACAUUUGGUUACAUUCGUCAGGGUAACGAGAUUCAAAAUGGUGGCGGACCCAAACCACAACCAAUCGCACGACCAAAUGGUUACGUAUCAACUUCCAACUUAUCCAAUGGUCACAUCUUUGAUCCUAAUUGCCUUACUAAAGAUUUCGGAUCUUCCAGUUUGAUAUUUCCACCAAAUGACACCAAUCAGUAUGAGAAAUGGUCCAGUGGUUUGGAUAUUCUGCAGAAUGGAAUUGAUGUCUUCUCUCCUCCACCAGAUGCUAUGGGAGAUUUGACUUCAAAAUUAAUCAGCUCCAGCCUAUAUCCACCGAAGUCUCAAAUACGGCGCCAAAAGAUGAUCUACCAUUGCCGAUUUGGAGAGUUUGGCGUUCUUGAAGGACAGUUCACAGAGCCCAGUGGAGUUGCUGUUAAUGCCCAAAAUGACAUCAUAGUUGCUGACACCAAUAAUCAUCGAAUUCAGAUCUUUGAUAAAGAAGGUAGAUUUAAAUUCCAAUUCGGAGAAUGCGGAAAGAGAGAUGGACAACUUUUGUAUCCAAAUCGAGUCUCUGUUGUCAAAGCGUCAGGUGAUAUUAUUGUCACGGAGAGAAGUCCAACACACCAAAUACAGAUCUACAACCAAUAUGGUCAGUUUGUCAGAAAAUUUGGUGCCAAUGUCUUGCAGCAUCCUCGAGGAGUAACUGUUGACAACAAGGGAAGAAUUAUCAUUGUGGAAUGUAAAGUCAUGAGAGUGAUCAUAUUUGAUCAAUAUGGUAACGUCCUAAACAAGUUUGGCUGCUCAAAACAUCUUCAAUUCCCUAACAGCGUGGUGGUCAACGAUAAGGAAGAAAUCUUUAUUAGUGAUAAUAGAGCUCACUGCGUCAAAGUCUUCAACUAUCAGGGUCUGUACCUUCGACAGAUUGGUGGAGAGGGUGUGACUAAUUACCCAAUUGGGGUCGGUAUAAACAGCGCAGGAGAAGUGCUUGUAGCAGAUAACCACAACAAUUUUAACUUGACCAAUUUUACUCAAGAUGGACAAUUAAUUAAUGCCCUUGAAAGUAAAGUUAAACAUGCCCAGUGUUUUGAUGUGGCUUUGAUGGAUGAUGGUUCCGUAGUUCUGGCCAGUAAAGAUUACAAACUUUAUAUUUAUAAAUAUAUGUAA